AUGGCGGUGCCGGGGGCGUGGCCGGCGCGGGGGGCGGAGCCCUCGGACAGCAGCCCCGAGCCCCCCUCCCCCUCCAGCUCCCGGCCCCCCCUCUCCGACUCCAGCCCCUCCCCCACCGAGACCACGCCCACCCCGCGGGGGCGGGGCCCGGGGGGCGGGGCCCGGGCUCGCCCCGCCCCUCCCAACCCGGGCGGGGUGGGGGGGGAGCGGCCCCUGGCGCUGUUUGAGGUGAGGCCACGCCCCCUGGGGCGGGGCGCUGUCGCUGCUGGGGGCGUGGCCGCGCUGACCCCGCCCCUCUGCACAGGGGGCGGGGCGCUGUCGCUGCUGUCGGGCGCGCUGGGCCCCGAGGCCGGGGGCGCCGUGGGGCUCUGCGGCUUCCUGAGCGCCGCCUUCACCGGCGCCGCCGCCGCGCUGGGCGGGGCCGAGAUGAUGAUGGUGUACCUGCUCCCCGCCUGGGCGGUGCUUCCGGGGCGUGGCCGCUGGGGCCGCCUCAACAACGGGCGUGGCUACGGGGCGGGGCUGCUGGCGCUGCUGGGGGCGGGGUCUCUGGCCCCGCCCCGCCUGCGGGCGCUGGCCACGCCCCUGGGCCCGGCGGGGCUGCUGCUGGCGCUGCUGGCGCUGCAGGCGGGGUCCCUGCGCCACGCCCUGCUCCGCGACCCCGCCCACGCGUGA